GCAAAAACUGUAAGACUGAGGAGGAACAGUGGCUUUCUGAUGCUCUGUGUAAGUCCUUUGGGCAAGGACUUAUGACAGCUAUUAAUUAUGCAGGGUUUUUAAAAGAGUCUUUGCUUUGGUGUGCUGGUACCUCAUUAUUGGAGGGAAGAAAACAUGAGCUUUUGCUGCUCAGAUCUUUGAAGAAUGUCGAGUUAGAUGCUUUGAAAAAUUUGCCCAAAGUAAGCUCACAUGUAUUGUGUUUAGGAGAGGGAGGCAUAUUCAACAACUGUUUUCUAUAGACCAGUCUAUUUUAGAGAUGUAGCAGCUGAGUUUUCUGGAAGUCAUGCUUCACUUAGGAAAAUACUGGAAUGUAUUUUUCUUGUGUCUUUGUCAGAGUUUAAAUCAAACAAAGAACCUUGAAGAAGUAAGUCUUUAAAGAUUUGAAGGGAUGGGCUUUAGACUAAAUGUAUUCUGUUUUUAAGGAAACUGACAUUUGUCUCUUCAUGCUGUACUGCAGGUUUAUGUGCUUUGCAUGAGGAUGGGAAUUAGUUCCAAGCCAGGCUGAUGAUUGAUUGAACUGAGUCAACUUUUGUUGAGGUUUCCAAAGCAUUGCAAAAGAGGUUUGAGGGGAAAAAGUUUGGGGGCAUGUGACAGUUAAUCUCAUUAGCAGUAAGAAUGAAGUUUAAGCACACUGUUCAAAAUUUACUCAGUUCUGUGCUGCUCUUUGUUUUAAUUAACAAUCUCUUGCAUAGAUUGGGAGCGUAAACUUCUUUCCACUUUAGUCCAAUUAAAUCAUACUUGGAAGCUGUCAGUGGUGGGGGGAACUCCUCCCUACCCCCCUUCUUUUAAUUGUUCAGUGAGUCUGUUGAAUAAUGGAAGAAUUUGCCUGACAGAGUUUUGUAGUGUUUCGUCUUCUUGAUGAAUUAUUUCAGAGGAUAGACGACAAUGCAUUGGAAUGACUCAUCCAAUUCCUCAGAAAGUGACAAUGAAGCUCAUUCAGCCUUCACACAGACUGAGCACAACAUAGUUGCAGCUUACUUAAUAACAGCAGGAGUGAUAAGCAUUCUCAGUAACAUGGUUGUGUUAGGCAUCUUUGUUAAAUACAAAGAGCUUCGGACAGCAACCAAUGCAAUUAUUAUCAACUUGGCUUUUACUGAUAUUGGUGUUAGUGGCAUUGGUUACCCCAUGUCUGCGGCCUCAGACCUGCAUGGAAGCUGGAAAUUUGGAUAUACUGGAUGCCAGAUCUAUGCUGCCUUAAAUAUCUUUUUUGGGAUGGCGAGUAUUGGUUUGCUGACUGUUGUUGCGGUUGAUCGUUACCUGACCAUCUGCAGGCCUGAUAUAGGAAGAAGAAUGACCACCCGUAGCUAUGCCACUCUCAUCCUUGCUGCCUGGAUAAAUGCAGUCUUCUGGUCUUCCAUGCCUACUGCAGGCUGGGCCAGCUACGCUCCCGAUCCCACUGGAGCAACGUGCACAGUAAAUUGGAGGAAAAAUGAUGCGUCCUUUAUUUCCUACACAAUGAGUGUAAUUGCUGUUAAUUUUGUUGUGCCCUUAACAGUCAUGUUUUACUGUUAUUACAAUGUUUCCCGGACAAUGAAACAAUAUGCCAGCAGUAACUGCCUGGAGAGCAUUAACAUAGAUUGGUCUGACCAAGUAGAUGUGACAAAGAUGUCUGUUGUGAUGAUUAUAAUGUUCUUGGUGGCAUGGUCUCCAUAUUCUAUUGUGUGUUUGUGGGCUUCCUUUGGAGACCCAAAGAAAAUUUCUCCUGCAAUGGCCAUCAUAGCUCCUCUCUUUGCAAAAUCUUCCACAUUCUAUAACCCCUGCAUUUAUGUCAUUGCAAACAAAAAGUUUCGGAGGGCGAUCCUGGCAAUGGUGCGCUGUCAGACAAGGCAAGAGAUAACCAUAAACAAUGCUUUGCCCAUGAGUGUAUCUCAAAGUGCACUGACAUCGCAGAACUCCAGUCAUUUGCCUGCAUAA